AUGGAAGAUAGUUGGAUUUUAUGGCCCUCAAGAGCAACCUUUUUUGGUCAAAGCGAGGAAAGUGAAAAUGACCAGUGGGACUACAAGGAUGGAGAAAGAACUAACGAGAUAACAUUUCUGUCUACUCAGCGUCGCGCAAGCUGCGACAUCAUUCACGUCUCACCUUUACUAGCUCUUGAAGAAGCUGAACGGGCUCGUACUGCAACAAGUAAAGUGUAUUGCCUACAUAAAACUACUUUAGAAAAAACAAAACCUGUACAAGUGGAUCAAGAUCGUCCAUUUCGCAUGUGGUAUCCGGAAGCGAAAACCAAGAAAGUCGCAACAACACUUUUGCCUUUCUUGAAAAUCACGUCAUCAACAGUUUCGAAAUGCCGCACUGUCGCAAGCAGUAUAAAGUGGGACCAAGUAUUACCUGAACCAGACACGGUUGAUGAAGUUAAGAUGAGAGAAAAACGGCUAAGAACCGAUAUUCCUCUCGGCCCUUCUGUACGACGUCGGCUGUGCGAUUUCUUGACACGAAAUCACGAAACAUGUCGAAAUGGCAGCUAUAAGGUUGACAAUUUGGAUUACUUCGCACGUGCAGAAAUCGCUACCUCUGAGAGUGAUAUUCUAAGACAAUGCUCUGUGAGUGUAUACUACCCCGACGUGAACUACGAAAGGGAGUCGUCGGCUCUCCGUGAUGUCCUCGUAUCGAAGUUGAACGCGCGACCACAAAGUCAAAAUAAACUGGAAGUUGCUGUUCCGAAGUCAUCGUAUGCGAUUGCAAUCAGAGAAGGAGGAUUGUGUGAAGUUCUCUGGGACAAAAUGACACACUCUAUCCUUAUUGACGUUCCUACAAAGCAGGACAUAAGGGAGUACGUGAAGUGGCACUUCCGCCACGCUAUUGAUUUGUUUCCUCGUGCUUCCAUCAUUGGUAGAUCCGAUUGGAAUAGUUCUGAGAAUGCGACCAUGACUUAUCGUGCGAAAUGGUUCACGUCGCCUUCAAAGAAUACGGGUGUAGUUAUUUUAGAAGAUCCUCGUAAUCAGCUGCUUGCGAAGAGGGUGCUCAUAGAGCAUGGUUACUUCGCCGAACUGCAAGAGAAGAACGAUGGUACCAAUGCAAUGAUCAACAUAUCGUGUAUUCCUAAUAUUUUCCAACAUGAUUCCCUGUUUGAGAAAUAUGUCCGUGAGAUGCUACAAGUGAAUGGUGUUGGUGUGAAGCGUGCCUAUCUGAAUCAUUCUUAUAAGGGAAUGCACGAUGUUGAUGAGAUGGCGAGACGUACUGUCUAUCGUGCGAUCGUUGAGUACCUCAUAAGAAACCACGAGUGGCAUGACCCUCAUCCAUUAUCCAUUUACGAUUGGAAAAAGCUGAUGAAUCGGGAUCUCCCAUGGCAUUGGCACCUCCUAGAGAAAAAUGGAGAAACGGAGAGUGAGGAAGGGACUUCAAGCAGGGAAGCGGAAUUGGUAUUCGACGAUGUCGACUGCGGUUUGCGCAUGGUAGACGUAUUAGCGUUCAGCGACAAAGAACUUGAGUUUUCCAAUGGAUAUGAUCCUCCGCAAAGAAUUGUGAUGAAGCCAAUUUACUGCGUGCAAGUUUGUGUUACCAAAGAAGUGCGAGUAGCCUGUGAUUCAUUCAUUAGGGAGUUAAACGAAGAAGAGUCAACAGAAGAGGAUCCCAUGCAUUCACUAGAGAUCGUGGACAAGACAUGGACGGCGAAUUACGAGGCCACGGACGACAGCGACACCAGUGAGGGUGAACUCAGUGUACAAGGAUGGCCCCGAGAGCAUGUGGAAGAGGUUGCCAUGCGACUCAUUUCAUAUUUUGGAGGCUCCUACAUUGACUGCAGUAAUGAUGUCAAUGGAAAACUUCUGUAUGGUGCUGAUGCCUGCUUGACCUAA